GUUGUAUUGUCGACUGGGUUGUCCUGAGCAAUUGCUCGCUCCAUUGCACGGGUUAGCUUUCCUAUCCGCGAGUCUAUGAACACGUUUGCCCACCAACAGCAGCAGCAACAGCGGUUUGGUAGCUACGACAGCGGCCGUAACCAGCAGCAGCAACAACAACAACAGCAGCAGCAGGCCCAGCAAAGUCAGCAACAUGGCGCUGCCAACGGUUCCGGGGCUCCUUCCAGCAACACCUCUACUAGCUCUUCUGUGUGGGACAAGUUUGAGAAGGGUGACAAGAUCGGCGAGGGCACCUACGGGCUGGUGUACCAUGCUCGCAGCAAGGAGACGGGCGGACGCUACGCCAUCAAGCAGUUCAAAGGGGGCAGGGAGGGUGACGGCGUGUCGCCCACUGCCAUCCGGGAGAUCAUGUUACUGCGCGAGAUGAGCCACCCCAACAUUGUCAAGCUUGAGAGUGCGCACAUCAACCGCUCCGAGCCUUCCCUGUGGCUGGCGUUCGAGUAUGCCGAGUACGACCUGUACGAGAUGAUCAAGUUCCACCGGGACAACAAGGAGAACCGGCGGGACAACCCGCAUGGUCUGAUGCCUCAGUACAUCGUGAAGACGGUGAUGUGGCACCUGCUGAACGGGCUGAGCUACCUGCACCAGCACUGGGUGGUGCACCGGGACCUUAAGCCCUCCAAUGUGUUGGUGAUGGGCGAGGACCCCGCGGUGUCGCCGGCACAACACGGCUGCGUCAAGAUAGCGGACUUUGGGCUGGCACGCAUAUUCCAGUCCCCCGCCCGACCGCUGUCUGACAAUGGGGUGGUCGUCACCAUCUGGUACCGCGCCCCCGAGCUGCUGCUGGGUGCGCGGCACUACACCCGCGCAGUGGACGUGUGGGCGGCGGGAUGCAUAUUCGCAGAGCUGCUCACACUCAAGCCGCUGUUCCAGGGCCAGGAGCGCAAGAACCCGGGCAAUGUGCUGCAGGCAGACCAGCUAGACAAGAUCUUCCGCGUGUUGGGCCACCCCAGCCUCAAGACCUGGCCGGAGCUGGAGGUGCUGCCGCACUGGCUGGACAACACCGACAACGUGCGCGUGCGGCGACCCGAGUGGGGCGGCGCGGGGCUGCAUGCGGCGGUGCUGGAGGCCAUGCGGGCGGCGGCGCCGGGCUGGGCGCAGGGACACGUACCGCAGGAGUGUGUGCCGCCCCGCGAGGCCAUCGACCUGAUGUCGCGCAUGCUGGACUACAACCCCACCACCCGGGCCACGGCGGAGGAGGCGCUGCGGCACGAGUGGUUCAGGAUGGACCCCAAGCCGGGACCCAACGUGUUCCGCCGGCCGGGCUCCUCCGUACCGCUGGUACGCUACCCGCGCCGACCCAUGACACUGGACCGCAUACCCGCGGUUGCCGCGGCGGCAGCAGGCGGAGGGGCUCCAGGG